GUCCUGUCUAAACCUCACUCGAUGUCUGUGGUGAUUGUAGGCUAUUAAAAGUUUCUGACACCUAACUGCUGAAGGAAUAUGAUUCUUGUUUUAGUUUUGCUGCGUUUAUGGUUGUGGCAUUUUAAUGGAGUGUUUGGUGUUGACGGUGAAAUGAAGAGUUUGUCAGUGAUGGAGGGAGAUUCAGUCACUCUACACACUGAUACUGACACACAGGGAAAUCAUGCAGUGAUACAGUGGAUGUUUGGAGCUGAAGACCCAGAUACUGUCAUUGCUGAAAUCAAUAGAGCGGCAAAUAUCAGUGAUGUUAUUGAUGAGAGAUUCAGAGACAGAGUGAAGAUGGACAAUCAGACUGGAUCUCUCACCAUCACCAACAUCAGAACCACAGACUCUGGACUUUAUAAAGUAGAGAUCAACACAAAUAAAGAAGCAGAGAAAACAUUUAAUGUAACUGUCUACGCUCUUCUUCCUGUUCCUGUCAUCAUCAGAGACGCUUCACAAUGCUCUUCAUCAUCUGAGAGUUCAUCAGUGUCUAAAUGUUCACUGCUGUGUUCAGUGCUGAAUGUGAGUCAUGUGACUCUCUCCUGGUUCAAAGGAAACAGUUUAAUCUCCAGCAUCAGUGCGUCUGAUCUCAGCAUCAGUUUCUCUCUAUCUCUGGAGGUGAAACAUCAGGAUAAAAACACCUACAGCUGUGUGUUAAACAACACCAUCAGCAACCUGACCACACAUCUGGACAUCAGUCGACUCUGUCAGCCGUGUGCAGGCGUUACAAAACACAUAGUGCUGAUAUCUGUUGCUGCUGGAACUCUGUUGAUUGUGGCUGUAGUUGGGAUGUUCUGCGUCUGCAGGAAAUGUAGAAAAACAGAUCAAGAAGUCCAGGCCCGUGAGGAAGAGAUAACUUACGCUGAUCCAACAUUCUGUAAAAGAAAUGCACAAAAAACGCGCGUUAAACAAGAGGAUGAGGUGGUGUACGCAGGCAUCAGGAGAUAAUCACAUUCUGAUUCCUCAUUAAUUAUGUUUUGCUCAUAGUAACUGUGUUUCUUUGUUUUAUUUAUUAUUUUUAAUUGUGUUCUUUUUUGUGAGUGUGUUGUGACUUGGUAUUUUAAUAUAUGUUUUCUUCUGAUGACUUAUACACUGAUCAUUUGAUCAGUUUGUACAGGAGUUGUUACUGUAAUGUUUUUGCUUCAGUGGUGUACAAGAAAGCCCCCCACACACCAGCUGUCACUGGAGGGGUGAAUAGAGUGAUGUAGCCAUGAUGUUGUUUGGUUUGUGGUGCUCGGACAUGUCAGUGUUUUUAAAAGUCAUACAGGUCAAGCUCAUGCAUAACUUCCUGGAAAAUUAAUCAGCACAGUACGAGAAGGCAGAAUCUGAAGAAGGCCUUGCAGAAGCAGAACCGACGAGCCAUUUUCUAAUAUCCAUGUUUAAUUUACGUGAGAAUGCUGUGAAAA